CUCCCCUUCCUCCCCAGACUGGGAACCAACCGCUGCUGGCCUCGCCAUGGAUACAGAAUCGGGGUCAACUGAUGGCGAAAUCAAUGAGCAGCCCACCCUUCUGUCGAGGGCGAUUAACACGUCGGCUGCCUUUAUUCAGCCCUUGAUUUCGAAACGAGCGCAAAAGGCAUACCUGGGAACGCUGCUCCUUUUUCUCUCCGCUAUUUGCAUGGUAGUUGUUUCAACUAUUGCGUAUGGAAUUUUCUACUAUAAAAUCAUUCCGCAAGUCGGUUUGGAGCGCGUGGUACAUUUGCAAUUCGGCGAUGGACAUCCUUGGGGCACAACUUCUCUCGGCUCGGGGCUGAUUUCCCUUCAACCGUACGACGUCAGCGUUGAGCUUGAAUUACCGCGCACCCCUUCAAAUCUUGGCACUGGAAACUUCAUGGUCGACUUGACUCUAAUCCCCGGUCCCUCGUCGCCCAUCCUGGACAGUGCGAACGCGUCCACUGACCCUUUCUUGCGAUCGCGUCGUCCUGCUAUCCUGACGUAUGCCUCGCCCUUGAUCGACACUGCGAGUAAGCUGUCUUUCAUGCCCUUCUAUGUGCUGGGAUGGCAACGGGAAUCCGAAAAGCUGCAAGUGCCUAUGAUGGAACGGAUCCAAUUCGCCCGGGGGCGGCGUAAUAUCCCGGACAGACUGCGGUUGGAAAUCCACAGUCAACAGCAAAUGCAGAUAUACAAGGCAAAAGUGGCGUUUAGGGCUAGGUUUACGGGAAUGCGGUGGCUGAUGUACAAUUGGAGAAUCACCUCAUUCUUUGUUUUCACCUUUAUGUUCUGGAGCACCUCCAUGAUCUCUGCGAGUAUUGUGUGGAUCGUCUUAGCCACCUUUGCCAACAGCGGUACAGAUGGCAAGGUGACAGUCAAGAAGGAAGAUCGCGACGAAACUCGGAUCAAGCAGGAGCCCCUUGAGGAGUCGACAUCGCCGUUGGAGAGCUCUCUGGACACUUCAAACGACCAACCCGAGCGACGUGUCAAGAAAGAGAAGGAGUAUCAGGUCGAGUCUCAGGCGGACGAUGAAAGUGAAGGAUCACCCGACAAGCAAACCUCUGGGGCUGGAACGGGGUUAGAAAGUUCUGGGGCGCAGGGGGUUCAGCGGCGAAGACGCCAUACAUCCGGGGAUGACGAUUCCCACUAGUUAGCAUGGCAGCAUUCCCCUGGUGAAAAUCAUGUCGAUGUAAUGAUUUAGGAUACCCCCAACUCAGCGAUUUUCAUCCCGACUGGGACGUCAAGGAAGCGCAUCCGAGCACCGCUGCAAUUGU